UGAGGUGCGGACAGAAUGGGGUCAGAUUUUCAAAUUCACAAAGCCCAAAUACCUUCCAGGAGUUUGUUUGGUUCAGAGAAGCCCAAACAGCAUUUUGGAUUUCGAAUUCCAACACAAUAUCUCCAGGGUAGGUAGGUAGGGUCGAUUUACUCUUUUGCUAAGAAAGACGAUCCAAGCUGUGCAAUCACUUUCCGGCGAAUCCAAACGCUCCUCUAUCCUUUUUUUUUUUCUGUGGCAAAAAUCAAGCUGUAAGUUUCUAGAUUUCCUACUUUCCAUCUUUUAACAUAAAAAGCCCUAAUUUGUUUUGUCACUGAUUUUGAGUGAAUUGAGAACAAAACCCUACUUUGAUGCCUAUUGGAGAUAUUUUCUAAGUGUUGCAUUUAGCUAUGUCUGUUAACAACAACAAUAACCCUAACAAGAACAUUGGAGGUUCAUCCUCUUUUGGAAAUUCACCACCUGGAAAUCCAAUUGCACAUCUCCAAUCACAAUCACAACCCCAACCCCAACCCCAACCCCAACAACAACAGCAGAUGCCCGGUUUUCCGGGUUCAUUUCAGUUAUCUCAGCUAUCUGCAGCACAUGCUCAAGCCAUUGCUCAAGCACAAUCGAAAGUUCAGGCACAUGCCCAAGCCCAAGCCCAAGCACAGGCUGCCCAUGCCCAAUUCCAGGCCCAAUUACAAGCUCAGGGUUUAUCCCUUAGCCAGGCCCAUGCUCUUGGCAAUCUCGGGUCAGGAAGCGGGUCUGCGAAGCGGUUGCCUCAGAAGCCUCCGGUGAGGCCGCCCGCGUUUACGACUACCAACACGGUGUCACCGAUGAGGACGAUGGAUCUUUCGGCUGCUGCUCGUAGGAAAAAACAGAAGCUACCCGAGAAGCAUUUGCACGAGAAAGUGGCGGCUAUUUUGCCUGAAUCUGCGCUUUAUACUCAGUUACUUGAGUUUGAAUCUAGGGUUGAUUCUGCUUUAGCGAGAAAGAAAGUUGAUAUCCAGGAGGCAUUGAAGAAUCCGCCUACUAUUCAGAAAACGCUUCGGAUUUAUGUGUUUAAUACUUUUGCUAAUCAGAUUAGGACUAUUCCUAAGAAGCCAAAUGCUGAACCUCCUACGUGGACACUUAAGAUUGUAGGAAGGAUUAUGGAGGAGGGUAUGGAUCCUGAUCAAGCUGCCAUGUUUCAGAAAUCUAGCCCCAUGUACCCAAAGUUUUCGACUUUCUUUAAAAGAGUCUCUAUUUCGUUGGACCAGAAACUAUAUCCUGAUAACCAUAUUAUUAUAUGGGAUUCUGCGCGAUCGCCUGCACCUCAGGAUGGUUUCGAGGUCAAAAGAAAGGGAGAACAAGAGUUUACUGUUAAUUUAAGACUGGAAUUGAAUUACAUGCCUGAGAAAUACAAACUCUCACCAGCUUUAACUGAAGUGUUAGGUAUUGAGGUUGAGACUCGCACAAGAAUUAUCUCUUCUAUCUGGCAUUAUGUUAAGGCUCGAAAGUUGCAGAACCCUGAUGAUCCUUCUUUCUUCAACUGCGAUCCUCCACUUCAGAAAGUUUUUGGGGAAGGAAAGGUUAAGUUCAAUGCAGUCACGCAAAAGAUCACACCUCAUUUGUCUCCUCCACAACCAAUACAUUUGGAACAUAGGAUUAAACUUUCUGGAAAUAAUCCUGUGGGAACUGCAUGUUACGAUGUAUUGGUUGAUGUGCCGUUCCCUAUCCAGAGGGAACUGAAUGCUCUGCUGGCCAAUACAGAAAAGACCAAAGAGAUUGAAGCUUGUGAUGAAGCAAUUUGUUCUGCCAUAAGGAAGAUCCAUGAGCAUCGAAGGAGAAGGGCCUUUUUUCUCGGUUUUAGUCAAUCUCCUAUUGAGUUUAUUAAUGCACUUCUAGAAUCACAGAGUAAGGAUCUGAAAGCUGUUGCUGGGGAGGCAAGUCGGAAUGCUGAGAAAGAGCGUCGGUCUCAGUUUUAUAGCCAACCAUGGGUUGAGGAUGCUGUUAUCCGCUACAUUAAUCGCAAGCCAGCUUCUGAUGCACAUGGAAGUGGAUGAACUGAACUGGAUUCUUGCCUAGUAGACAUCCUAGCAUUGUUAUCUCAAAAAGUUCAUAAUGUAGGUUUUGCUCGCAUUAUCGGGUUGGGGUGUGUGUUUGGGGGGGGGGGGGGGGGGGGGGAGGGUAGAGGGAAGAACUCUUGUGGAACAAGCCUUAAAUAUGCUUGUCUGUUCAAGCGUCUCCUCGCGUUAUGGAUAGAAAGUUCAGUAUUUGUACUUUCAUAAUUGAAAAAAAUCUUUGUUGUUAUGUGCGACAAAGCAUGUAAAAGUGAAGGAUAUCUGGAUCUUUAAUAUCUGAUGAUAGGGCUUAGAUUAUUGAUCUUCA